CUUCCAAGGUGACGUCCACACUUCGACCUGCGUAGCGUCUGCAGCGGUCGCCAUGGAGGCUCUGCUUGUCUUACCAGCAGCGCUACAUCUCUGGCUGGCGCCCUAUACCAAAGUAGAAGAGAGCUUUAGCCUACAUGCUAGCUAUGACAUGCUCAAAUACGGCACGGCGCGAGAGGCUCUCUAUCAGUAUGAUCAUGUAAUCAAUCCUGGGCCAGUACCAAGGAGCUUCAUCGGGCCUCUAUGCGCCAGCAUGCUCACGAAACUCUUCAAUCACUUGUCAGCAAUUGCAGAUCCAACGCUUGACCUGAGCAGGCCGGGCAUGAGGGAACAGAUCAUCUUGCGUUCUGUCAUCGGUCUGUACAACAUCAGCCAGCUCGGCUAUCUCGCGCGACGAAUAGGCGCACGACAUGGUAGACCCGUACAGCUUGGCAUGCUCAUUCUCUGCGCAUGUCAAUUCCAUCUGUGCUUCUAUAUGACUCGUACAUUGCCGAAUAUGUUCGCAUUCGGUCUCACUCAGAAUGCACUCGGACGACUGCUUUUCCCUUUGCCGAGAUCAUGUUCACCUGAUGCGAGACGGCUCGACUCGGCUGUUGGGAUUCUUAUGCUCACCUUUGCUGCUUUCGCGCUGCGAUUUGAACUCCUAGCCUUGCUCGGGCCCGUCUUGAUCGCCGGCAUCGUACGACAGCACUUUGACUUCUGGCAUGUUUUCUUCACUGGGCAGGUCGCCGCAAUCUUGAGCGUGGCUGCAACCUUUGCAAUCGAUACGUAUUUUUGGCAACGGACAGUCUGGCCGGAAGCUGCCUCUGUGCUCUUCAAUGUCGUCGAAAAUAAGAGCCAGGACUGGGGGGUCUCGCCACCGCUGGCUUACUUCACCACACUCAUGCCCAAGAUGCUGACCCUCUCGUACACAUUGGCGCUCUUUGGCUGUCUUACUCUAGGCAGUGUGCGCAACACGCUCGCGCCGACAUUUGCUUUCAUAGCGCUGGUCAGCCUGCUCGGUCACAAAGAAUGGCGCUUCAUUGUCUACGUUGUGCCGCUUUGGAACUUCGCUGCUGUCGCUUUCAUUGGGCAUAUAUACAAAAAGAGCCGCGCCCUGGCAAGGUUGAUUUUUGGCGUCCUGAUCGUCUCAACCAUUGCGGUGACGUGCAUAACGGCUGUCGCCUCGUACGACAACUACCCUGGUGGGGUCGCUCUACGGCAAUUACAUGCUGCCCGUGCGGAUCAGGCCAACGUGACCGGCAAAGUCCAUUUCGACACACUAACAGCAAUGACGGGCGCGUCGCUCUUCCUACACGAAUUCGAGCCCACCUGGCAGUAUGACAAGACAGAGACCUUCACGACGCCGGAUGAUUACGGAGCAUUUGACUAUCUCAUCGUCGAGCAGUCACCAACAGACAGUGGCAGACUGGGCAAUUUUGCUCUUACGGAGACGAUCAGUGGCUUCACUGGCCUACGAAUGCGGCCCUUUGAUCGUGCGCCGGCUUUAGAAGCGGCUCGCAGGUUCUUGUCGUCGCCGCGCAGGCACGAAAUGCGUGCUUUGCUGAAUCAUUGGCCCAUUGAAAAGACGCUCUCGCCGCUGUUCGGACGAGAUCUGCUCCAGAUCGGGAUUGCCAUCGGCUUCCCGCUACUGCUUCCACGAGCUCUUGGCUUAGUCAGCCGGCUCGUCACACGAUCGUCAAAGAGCAGUUUCGAAUCACCCACAGCUGCUCGGCCAAAGUCUGCAAGAUGGCGCAUGAUGCUGUGCUGCACAUUCGUAGCCCUCUAUGUCUAUGCAGCAGCGAGAGCGCCCAGUCAUAUCUUCAGAGACCACCCCAUCCCGCUCGACACGCCAGACGAGAACGUGAGGAUGUACUUCAUGGCGAGAAAUCUGUACAAUCUGCAAGAGCAAGGCAAAGCAGAAUCGAAAGACCUAGCACUGCAUACUCUGGAAGAUGACAUCCAGGACCUGCUGAGCAGACUGACGAGCUACGAAGCCCGCUUGAUCUACGUCCUCAUUGGCGACGAACCUUUGCGGUUCUGCGACUGGUGCAGGCCAGGCGUCAAGGAGGACUACAUCCUCUUUGCCUUGCCUUGGCACGCCAGAUCCUUCGCUGUCGUGGCCACUGUCAUCGGUCUGCUCACUGCUUCGACGGGGCGGACGCGAUGGCGACCACUCUUUGGCAUCUUGCUCUUGCUGGCUGUGAUUGCUCAGACAGGCGCACUCGCGAACAACUCGACAGAGGAUAUGCAUUUGCGCAAUCUACAGCGCGGGGCUCACAUCACUCGUCAUCUGUACUUUGCGUUACUGGUGCUCUUGGCUCGUUUCCUGCCGGCGGCGCGUCCUGUAUCGCGCGAGAGCUUCGCAACGUCUAUCGCGCCCGUGCUGCUCAGGAGCCGUCAGAUGGCAGACGAGACCGCCUUGCGGAUAGCAGCUAAUGACCUGCUCACUGCUGCCAUCCUCCGUGACGAGCCAACAAGGCGCAAGGUGAUGCGUGUCUAUGCAGUCGGCGACAAGCAAGCCGAGGUCACGCUGAAGGACGAGAGGCUGCGCAAGAUUGCAAACGAAUUGCAGGAACGCGAAGGCGUAAGGACGCACGCGGAAAAGCUCGUCACUACUGCUCUGGCACCGUUCGACCCGAGAGCACAACCAGGAGAGAACGCAAAGAGUUGA